AUGGGAGAAGAGCAAAAUGCUAGCUUUUCCCGCUGGAGUUUGUCCGAUGGUUGGUGUCGGUGGCCAAUAAAAAAGUACGGUCUCACUGUUGAUAAUACUAUCGAUGCAAGAAUGGUCGACGUCAAUGGAAAAUUUUUGGAUAGAAAGUUGAUGGGAGAGGAUCUCUUCUGGGCAAUCAACGGAGGAGAAGGAGGAGGAGGAAGCUUCGGCGUUGUUUUAGCCUACAAAAUAAAACUCGUCGAAGUUCCUGAAACCGUCACCGUUUUCAGAGUCUCCAGGACAUUGGAAGAGAACGCAACAGAUAUCGUUCACCGGUGGCAACAUGUUGCUCCAAAGCUUCCCGAUGAGAUCUUCAUCAGAACAACCAUGGAAGUUGUAAACGGCACCGUUUCUUCUCAAAAGACUGUCAGGGCAACAUUCUUAGCUCUAUUCCUAGGAGACGCAUCAACGCUUCUGUCGAUACUAAACCGGAGAUUACCAUAA